AUGGAGGCCGUAACGACAGCGACUGCGGCGAGGGAACCUGGUGAAGGCCGCACUGAGCCCAGUCCUGGGCACUGGGGGGAGCUGAGCUGGAUGCCGGUCCUAUCCAGACCCCAGGACAAGGCGGAAGCAGCAGAGGGAACGCCCAGGGCCCUAGACGCCGACGCCCCUGAGGUGGAGGACCCGGCGGUGAGUGCCAUGCUUCGCGCAGUGGCUGCCAGCCGCCUGCCCGUGUGCAGCCAGCAGCAGGGCGAGCCCGACCUGACAGAGCGGGAGAAGGUGGCCAUCCUGGGCCAGCUGUACCACGAGAAGCCGCUGGUGUUCCUGGAGCGCUUCCGCACAGGCCUCCGGGAGGAGCAUCUGGGCUGCUUUGGACACUUGCGCGGUGACCACCGUGCAGACUUCUACUGUGCCGAGGUGGCCCGGCAAGGCACCACCCGCCCCCGCACGCUGCGCACCCGCCUGCGUAACCGCCGCUACGCUGCCCUGCGUGAGCUCAUCCAAGGGGGCGAAUACUUCAGCGACGAGCAGAUGCGCUUCCGGGCCCCACUUCUGUACCAGCAGUACAUCGGGCAGUACCUAACCCAGGAGGAGCUCAGCGCCCGCACCCCAGCCCACCGGCCGCCCACACCUGGCCCCCCCGGCACGCCCACCUGCCCGCUCUCCGACCUGCUGCUCCAGUCCUACCAGGAGCAGGAGCUGCAGCAGCGGCUGCUCCAGCAGCAGGAGGAGGAGGAGGCCUGCCUGGAGGAGGAGGACGAGGAGGAGGAUGAGGAUGAGGAAGACCAGAGACCUGGCAAAGACUCAGAGGCCUGGGUCCCCGACUCAGAGGAGAGGCUGAUCCUGCGGGAAGAGUUCACCAGCCGCAUGCACCAGCGCUUCCUGGAUGGCAAGGACGGGGACUUUGACUACAGCACCGUGGAUGACAACCCCGACUUCGACAACCUGGACAUCGUGGCCCGGGAUGAGGAGGAGAGGUACUUCGACGAGGAGGAGCCCGAGGACGCGCCCAGCCCAGAGCUGGACAGGGACUGA